UCGAGCGCAUCAGCAUGCUGGUCAUCCUGCUCAACUGUGUGACCCUGGGCAUGUUCCGGCCGUGUGAGGACAUCGCCUGUGACUCGCAGCGCUGCCAGAUCCUGCAGGCCUUUGAUGACUUCAUCUUCGCCUUCUUCGCUGUGGAGAUGGUGGUGAAGAUGGUGGCCUUGGGCAUCUUUGGGAAAAAGUGUUACCUGGGGGACACUUGGAACCGGCUUGACUUUUUCAUUGUCAUCGCAGGGAUGCUGGAGUACUCACUGGACCUGCAGAACGUCAGCUUCUCCGCUGUCAGGACCGUCCGUGUGCUGCGGCCACUCAGGGCCAUUAACCGGGUGCCUAGCAUGCGCAUUCUGGUCACGCUGCUGCUGGACACGCUGCCCAUGCUGGGCAACGUCCUGCUGCUCUGCUUCUUCGUCUUCUUCAUCUUCGGCAUCGUGGGUGUCCAGCUCUGGGCCGGCCUGCUACGCAACCGGUGCUUCCUGCCCGAGAAUUUCAGCCUCCCCCUGAGCGUGGACCUGGAGCGCUAUUACCAGACUGAGAAUGAAGAUGAGAGCCCCUUCAUCUGCUCCCAGCCUCGCGAGAACGGCAUGCGGUCCUGCCGGAGCGUGCCCACGCUGCGUGGGGAGGGGGGCGGCGGCCCACCAUGCGGCCUGGACUACGAGGCCUACAACAGCUCCAGCAAUACCACUUGUGUCAACUGGAACCAGUAUUACACCAACUGCUCCGCCGGGGAGCACAACCCCUUCAAGGGGGCCAUCAACUUCGACAACAUCGGCUACGCCUGGAUCGCCAUCUUCCAGGUCAUCACGCUGGAGGGCUGGGUGGACAUCAUGUACUUUGUGAUGGAUGCUCACUCCUUCUACAACUUCAUCUACUUCAUCCUCCUCAUCAUCGUGGGCUCCUUCUUCAUGAUCAACCUGUGCCUGGUGGUGAUCGCCACGCAGUUCUCAGAGACCAAGCAGCGGGAGAGCCAGCUGAUGCGUGAGCAGCGGGUGCGCUUCCUGUCCAAUGCCAGCACCCUGGCCAGCUUCUCGGAGCCCGGCAGCUGCUACGAGGAGCUGCUCAAGUACCUGGUGUACAUCCUGCGCAAAGGUGCCCGCAGGCUGGCCCAGGUCUCCCGGGCGGCAGGCGUGCGGGCCGGGCUUCUGAGCAGCCCAGUGGCCCACGGGGGUCAGGAAACGCAGGCCAGUGGCAGCUGUUCUCGCUCCCACCGCCGUCCAUCAGUCCACCACCUAGUGCACCACCACCACCACCAUCACCAUCACUACCACCUGGGCAACGGGACGCUGAGGGGCCCCCGGUCCAACCCGGAGAUCCAGGACAGGGAAGCCAGCGGGUCCCACCGCCUCAUGCUGCCACCGCCCUCCACACCCACCCUGUCUGCGGGCCCUCCGGGGGGCACAGAGUCUGUGCACAGCUUCUACCACGCCGACUGUCACCUGGAGCCGGUGCACUGCCAGGCACCCCCUCCCAGGUCACCAUCGGAGGCGUCAGCCAGGACGAGGGGCAGUGGGAAGGUGUACCCCACCGUGCACACCAGCUCGCCGCCAGAGGUGCCAAAGGAGAAGGCGCUGGUCGAGGUGGCUCCCCAUGCUGGGCCGGCCACCCUCACCAGCCUCAACAUCCCCCCAGGGCCCUACAGCUCCAUGCACAAGCUGCUGGAGACGCAGAGCACAGGUGCCUGCCAAAGCUCCUGCAAGAUCUCCAGCCCGUGUCUGAAGGCAGACAGCGGGGCCUGUGGCCCAGACAGCUGCCCCUACUGUGCCCGGGCAGGGGAGGUGGAGCUUGCCGACCGAGAGGUGCCGGACUCUGACAGUGAGGCGGUUUAUGAGUUCACGCAGGAUGCUCAGCAUGGUGACCCCCGGGACCCUCGACGCAGCCUGGGGCUGGCUGUAGGGCCCAGCUCUGUGCUGGCCUUCUGGAGACUGAUCUGCGACACCUUCCGGAAGAUCGUGGACAGCAAGUACUUUGGCAGGGGCAUCAUGAUUGCUAUCCUGGUCAACACGCUCAGCAUGGGCAUUGAGUACCACGAGCAGCCUGAGGAGCUCACCAAUGCCCUGGAGAUCAGCAACAUCGUCUUUACCAGCCUCUUUGCCCUGGAGAUGCUGCUGAAGCUGCUGGUGUACGGGCCCUUUGGCUACAUCAAGAAUCCCUACAACAUCUUUGACGGGGUCAUUGUUGUCAUCAGCGUGUGGGAGAUCGUGGGCCAGCAGGGGGGUGGCCUGUCGGUGCUGCGGACCUUCCGCCUUAUGCGGGUGCUGAAGCUGGUGCGCUUCCUGCCGGCGCUGCAGCGGCAGCUCGUGGUGCUCAUGAAGACCAUGGACAACGUGGCCACCUUCUGCAUGCUGCUCAUGCUCUUCAUCUUCAUCUUCAGCAUCCUGGGCAUGCACCUGUUCGGCUGCAAAUUUGCUUCUGAGCGGGACGGGGACACGCUGCCAGACCGGAAGAAUUUUGACUCCCUGCUCUGGGCCAUCGUCACAGUCUUCCAGAUCCUGACCCAGGAGGACUGGAACAAGGUCCUCUACAAUGGGAUGGCCUCCACAUCCUCCUGGGCCGCCCUUUACUUCAUCGCCCUCAUGACCUUUGGCAACUACGUGCUCUUCAACCUGCUGGUGGCCAUCCUGGUGGAGGGCUUCCAGGCGGAGGAAAUCAGCAAACGGGAAGAUGCGAGUGGACAGUUGAGCUGUAUUCAGCUGCCUGUCGACUCCCAGGGGGGAGAUGCCACCAAGUCCGAGUCCGAGCCUGAUUUCUUCUCGCCCAGCCUGGACGGCGAUGGGGACAGGAAGAAACGCUGGGCCUUGGUGUCCCUAGGAGAGCACCCGGAGCUGCAGAGGAGCCUACUCCCUCCUCUGAUCAUCCACACGGCCGCCACCCCCAUGUCACUGCCCAAGAGCUCCAGCACGGGCCUGGGGGAGCAACUGGGCCCCGCCUCCCGCCGCACCAGCAGCUGCUGGUCUGCAGAGCCUGGGGCAGCCCAUGAGAUGAAGUCACCGCCGAGCGCCCGCAGCUCCCCACACAGCCCCUGGAGUGCCGCCAGCAGCUGGGCCAGCAGGCGUUCCAGUCGAAACAGCCUGGGCCGUGCCCCCAGCCUGAAACGCAGGAGCCCUAGUGGGGAGCGGCGGUCCCUGUUGUCUGGCAAGGGCCGGGAGAGCCAGGAUGAGGACAGCUCGGAAGAGGAGCGGGCCAGCCGGGUGGGCAGUGCCCGGCACCCUGGGGGCUCCCUGGAGCAGGAAGCCAAGGGAUCUUUCGACCUGCCGGAUACCCUGCAGGUGCCCGGGCUGCACCGCACGGCCAGCGGCCGCAGCUCGGCCUCGGAGCACCAGGACUGCAAUGGCAGGUCGACCCCAGGGCGCCUGGCCCGGGCCUCACACCCAGACGAGCCUCCACUAGAUGGGGAUGACGCUGAUGACGAGGGCAACCUGAGCAAAGGGGAACGGAUGCGGGCGUGGAUCCGAGCCCGGCUCCCUUCCUGCUGCCGUGAGCGGGACGCCUGGUCAGCCUACAUCUUCCCUCCACAGUCAAAAUUCCGUCUCCUGUGCCACCGGAUCAUCACCCACAAGAUGUUUGACCAUGUCGUCCUCGUCAUCAUCUUCCUCAACUGCAUCACCAUCGCCAUGGAGCGCCCCAAAAUCGACCCCCACAGUGCCGAACGCAUCUUCCUGACUCUCUCUAAUUACAUCUUCACCGCCGUCUUCCUGGCCGAGAUGACAGUGAAGGUGGUGGCGCUGGGCUGGUGCUUCGGGGAGCAGGCGUACCUGCGCAGCAGCUGGAACGUGCUGGACGGGCUGCUGGUGCUCAUCUCCGUCAUCGACAUCCUGGUGUCCAUGGUCUCCAACAGUGGCACCAAGAUCCUGGGCAUGCUGCGGGUGCUGCGUCUGCUGCGCACCCUGCGCCCACUCAGGGUUAUCAGCCGGGCGCAGGGGCUGAAACUGGUGGUGGAGACGCUGAUGUCCUCCCUGAAGCCCAUCGGCAACAUCGUGGUCAUCUGCUGUGCCUUCUUCAUCAUUUUUGGCAUCCUAGGGGUGCAGCUCUUCAAAGGGAAGUUCUUCGUGUGCCAGGGCGAGGACACCAGGAACAUCACCAACAAGUCCGACUGUGCCGAGGCCAGUUACCGGUGGGUCCGGCACAAGUACAACUUCGACAACCUCGGCCAGGCCCUGAUGUCGCUGUUCGUGCUGGCUUCCAAGGACGGCUGGGUGGACAUCAUGUAUGAUGGGCUGGAUGCUGUGGGCGUGGACCAGCAGCCCAUCAUGAACCACAACCCCUGGAUGCUGCUCUACUUCAUUUCCUUCCUGCUCAUCGUGGCCUUCUUUGUGCUGAACAUGUUCGUGGGUGUGGUGGUGGAGAACUUCCACAAGUGCCGGCAGCACCAGGAGGUGGAGGAGGCGCGGCGGCGGGAGGAGAAGCGGCUGCGGAGACUGGAGAAGAGGAGAAGGAAUCUAAUGCUGGACGGGGUAAUUGCUUCCGGCCGCUCAGCCAGCGCGGCACCAGAAGCCCAGUGCAAGCCCUACUACUCGGACUACUCCCGCUUCCGGCUGCUCGUCCACCACCUGUGCACCACCCACUACCUGGACCUCUUCAUCACAGGCGUCAUUGGCCUGAAUGUGGUCACCAUGGCUAUGGAGCACUACCAGCAGCCCCAGGUCCUGGACGAGGCUCUGAAGAUCUGCAAUUACAUCUUCACCGUCGUCUUUGUCUUGGAGUCGGUGUUCAAGCUCGUGGCCUUUGGCUUCCGCCGCUUCUUCCAAGACAGGUGGAACCAGCUGGACCUGGCUAUCGUGCUGCUGUCCAUCAUGGGCAUCACGCUGGAGGAGAUCGAGGUCAAUGCCUCGCUGCCCAUCAACCCCACCAUCAUCCGCAUCAUGAGGGUCCUGCGUAUCGCCCGAGUGCUGAAGCUGCUGAAGAUGGCUGUGGGCAUGCGGGCGCUGCUGGACACGGUGAUGCAGGCCCUGCCCCAGGUGGGGAACCUGGGACUUCUCUUCAUGUUGUUGUUUUUCAUCUUUGCAGCUCUGGGCGUGGAGCUCUUUGGAGACCUGGAGUGUGAUGAGACACACCCGUGUGAGGGUCUGGGCCGGCAUGCCACCUUCCGGAACUUCGGCAUGGCCUUCCUGACCCUCUUCCGCGUCUCCACUGGCGACAACUGGAACGGCAUCAUGAAGGACACCCUGCGAGACUGCGACCAGGAGUCCACCUGCUACAACACGGUCAUCUCCCCCAUCUACUUCGUGUCCUUCGUGCUGACCGCCCAGUUCGUGCUGGUCAACGUGGUGAUCGCCGUCCUGAUGAAGCACCUGGAGGAGAGCAACAAGGAGGCCAAGGAGGAGGCCGAGCUGGAGGCCGAGCUGGAGCUGAAGACACUCAGCCCACAGCCCCACUCGCCGCUGGGCAGCCCCUUCCUCUGGCCUGGGGUCGAGGGCUCCGACAGCCCCAAGCUGGGGCCCCUGCACCCUGCAGCCCACUCCAGGGCAGCCUCCCGCUUCUCCCUCGAUCACCCCACGGACAGACAGCUGUUUGACACCAUAUCCCUGCUGGUCCAGGGCUCCCUGGACGGGGAGCUGAAGCUAAUGGAUGAGCUGGCCGGCCUGGGGGGGCAGCCCUCUGCCUUCCCUCCCGCCCCCAGCCGGGGCGGCUCCGACCCACAGAUCCCUCUAGCUGAGAUGGAGGCUCUGUCUCUGACGUCAGAGAUUGUGUCUGAACCGUCCUGUACUCUAGCUCUGACGGAUGACUCUUUGCCUGGCGACACUCACACACUCUUACUUAGUGCCCCGGAGAGCAAUAUGGAGUCCCAGGCUACUGAGGUGCCGGUCACCCUGGGACCAGACCUGCUGACCGUCCGAAAGUCUGGGGUCAGCCGCACGCACUCCCUGCCCAACGACAGCUACAUGUGCCGGGAUGGGAGCACUACUGCGGAGUCCCCUGGGCGCAGGCCCUGGGGCCUCCCCAAAGCUCAGUCAGGCUCCAUCUUGUCUGUGCACUCCCAGCCUGCGGGGUCCAGCUACAUCCUGCAGCUGUCGAGAGAUGGGGCCCAUCUGCUACAUCCCCAUAGCGUACCCCCCUGGGGCGCCAUCCCCAAACUUCCCCCACCGGCCCGCUCCCCGUUGGCUCAACGGCCACUCAGGCGCCAGGCAGCAAUAAGGACUGACUCCCUGGAUGUGCAGGGCCUGGGCAGCAGGGAAGACCUGCUGUCAGAGGUGAGUGGGCCCUCCCCGCCGCUGGCCCGGGCCGCCUCUUUCUGGGGCCAGACAAGCAUCCUGUUGCAGCAGCAAGCCCAAGCCUGCAGCCAGAUCUCGAAGCACACACCACCUCUAGUCCCCCAUCCAGGCCCAGAGCCCACCCGGGCCAGGGUCCCCCGAGAAACCAGCAGCAGCUUGGAGCUGGACACGGAGCUGAGCUGGCUUUCCGGGGACCUCCUGCCAGCGGGCAGCCAGGAGGAGCCCCCCUCACUUCGGGACCUGAAGAAGUGCUACAGCGUGGAGACCCAGAGCUGCCGCCACCUGCCGGCCUCCUGGUUGGACGAGCAGAGGAGGCACUCUAUAGCCGUCAGCUGUCUGGACAGCGGCUCCCAGCCCCACCUGGGCCCCAGCCCCACCAGCUUUGGGGCCCAGCCUCUUGGGGCACCAGGGAGCCGGCCCAAGAAAAAACUCAGCCCACCCAGUAUCUCCAUAGACCCUCCAGAGGGCCAGGGCUCUCGGCCCCCACCCAGCCCUGGCGUCUGUCUCCGGCGUAGGGCUCCGUCCACCGACCCCAAGGACCCCUCGGCCUCGGGCCCCCCCGACAGCAUGGCUGCCUCGCCCCCCACAAAGAAAGACGUGCUGAGUCUCUCUGGUUUAGCCUCUGACCCAACAGACCCGGACCCCUGAGUCCUGCGCCCACUCUCCCUUCCUCCACUGGGGGCCAAGUCCUAGCUCCCCCUCCUGGGCUGGUGCCCUGAAAAUGUCCACACAGACACGGAGGCGCCCCUCCUCGCCUCAGUGAUGCUGGGCCACGCCACACAGGAGUUCCACCCUGGGCCGCCGAGCCAGGGCACAGAGAGGCCCCAUGCCGCCGAGGUUCCCGACACCAGGACUUGCUGGGAGAAAGCAAUACGUUUGUGCAGAAUCUCUAUGUAUAUUCUAUUUUAUUAAAUUAAUUGAAUCUA